AUGGAUAAGGGGAACAGCCUGAAGACGAUCCUCGGAGCGGUUUUGCUUCUCGUGUUUCUGGCCACCUUUGGAAUAAGCAUAGCAAUUCUCGUAGAGGUAAUUAACAAUAACAAUGACAGCAAUAAUAAGAACACUCCAGUGAAUCAACUAAAAACAGUAAACGACCUAAAUGUACACUCUCCAAAACAAAUUGUAGCCGGCAGUGGAAAGUAUGAUGGAUACAAGGGCGCCACGGAUCUUUUCAAGGCGUCGCUCAACACCAGCGUCGAUCCAUGCAGCGACUUCUAUAAAUACACAUGUGGUAAUUUUGGCGGUUACAUGAGUUUCGAUGUGUCAGACACGAACAAUGCCAUAGCCAUGGCGCAACAGAUGGCGAAUCUCACCUAUGUGAACAGUUCGCCAGACCCUGUUAAACAAGUCACUUGGUAUCAUCAGCAAUGUUCUGCCGCUAGAAUGAACUGGACCGCGAUGAAUAGGGACGGGAAAUACGUUAUGGCUGCUAUUAAUCGUACAGCUGCAGGAGAACAGGGAUUCCUUAAUGAGACACAAUUUCCCUUCUAUAUGUUGUAUCAAGACAAAAAGGUUAACAGUUUUCCAGACCGGAUUGGAAUGGGCUAUCUCCUAGGAUAUCCGGCUGGAUUUGAAGGAGUUGCCAACUUGGUGACACCUUACGUUGACACGAACUGGAAGGAUCCUCAUGGUGCUAACGGCUAUGCAUACUUCAUUGAUCAGCCGUCAACAUUGUUACCUUAUACAUAUCAUAAAAAGGCCUGGGGAAUAUAUGAACAAUCACUGAUUUCUACUAUUGUGGACGUAAUGAACUUAUUGGCAUCGACACAAAACAUAAAACUGGAUCAGAAAACACUGCUUCAAGACGCUAAGGAUAUUGCCGCAUUUGACCAUCUUCUAGCUCUGACCUACAGCACUGACGAUACCACUCGACGUCAGUUUGACCGCAGCUACAACCCGAUGACAAUCGGACAACUCACACAAACAUAUCCAAAUAUCAGUUGGCACACAUUUGUACCCGAGGCAACCGGCACAUCGCAACAUGUACUAGGUACACUGCUUAAUGAUAUUACUUACAAAUACAUUGUGAUGGAACCAGCAAAACUGCUGAUGCUUAACAGUAUGCUUGGAAACCCCAAAUUUGUCUCUGCUCGCGCCUUAAUCAACUACGUAUACUACUCGGUGGUGAAUGCAAAUUAUGAUUUUCUGCCAUGGAGUCAGGGGAAUUAUGUGCACCAAACUCGAGUUGUUCGUCCACCUAUAGGAAGACCACGACACAUUAGACAAGAGAGAAGACGGUACGAGCGGAAACAGUUCGAUGACGUGACCGACUCACAAAUCAGUUGCGCUCAGGAAACGGUCUUCAGCUUGCCGUACGCAAAUGCACGUGUGUUCAUCGAUAACAUCUAUCCAACGAACGCUUCACGAGCUCAGAUACGCGAUCACGUCGCGAAAAUUGCCUCCAGCAUUCUUAUCGGUUUCCGAUCAAUGCUCGACCAGUUGGACUGGAUGACAUCAGCUACAAAGACGGGAGCCUACAGUAAAAUUGACAAUCUCGUCAAGAAUAUCGCCUAUCCUGACUGGAUCACCGACAAUGCACAACUUACCAAUUACCACAAGGAACUAGAGUUGCAAGUGAACAGGGAUGACUACUUCACUAUGGUGAGAAACGUGGAACUCUUUAAUAUUCACAUGUCCUGGGAUGCUCUCGUUGCGGGACCAGCGAAUCGCCUUGAUUUCAAUGGACCGCCAGGAACAACAAACGCCUGGUAUCAGCCGGAACUGAACUCCAUCACAUUCCCUGCUGCCAUCCUUCAUCAGCCGUUCUACGACCCAACGUGGCCGACAGCUGUGAAUUUCGGAGGAAUGGGUGUUGUCGCUGGACACGAACUCACCCAUGGAUUCGACGAUCAAGGAGUCCAGUGGGAUGGUACGGGCAUCCUAAGUGGAUGGAUGGAUGACACCUCAAAAGUCGGAUUCACGAACAUGGCAAAUUGUGUAGUGAACGAAUAUAACGGCUUUUGCCCCUUGAACAAGACCACCUACGGUACUGCCUCGUGUAUUGACGGAUCGCAAACUCAAGGAGAGAAUAUAGCGGACAACGGAGGGAUUCAUGCUGCUUAUCGAGCGUAUCGUAACUUCAUCAAUCUCUAUGGUCCUGAUCCACAACUUCCGGAUGAUCUCCUUCAGGAAUUCACCUCUGAUCAGCUGUUCUUCCUAAGUUUUGCUCAGGUGUGGUGUCAGGAGCCAUACACCGAUGAUGUUGAGAUGAGGCAGCUUCUCGUCGAUCCGCAUUCUCCUUCCCAGUAUCGUGUUUGGGGGACUAUUCAGAACUUCGCCGCCUUCAAGGAUGCAUUCCAUUGUCCUACCUCAGCUUAUGCGCCAGAUAAUCACUGUGACGUUUGGGUCUCCGACAUCGAUUCUUCCUACGGCGAGCCGGUAGUGAAGAACGAGCUCAACAUAGAGACUAAUAAGCAGAUUACUACAAAUGAUAUGAACAAGUACAACGCCUACAAGUUGGCUGUGGGCUACUACCAGCAAUCCCUGAACGCCUCGAUAGAUCCAUGCAACGAUUUCUUCGAAUAUGCUUGUGGAAAGUACGACAAAUUAGUAUCCUUCCAUUACGCCGAUGCAAACAACUAUGUGAUCAUGGCGACCCAGUUGAACAGCCCAGCGUACCAGAGCACUAUCAAGAAUUCCACCGCACUGACAAAGGAGAAAGCAUUCUCUGAUGCUUGUAUUACUGCCACGUCCAAUAGCAAUACAUCUCAAAGAAUCCUUGUUUCUAAGAACUAUCUGAUGCCACGUGUCACGCUGCUGGCACAGUAUCUUGGAUCUAAUUUCACGUAUUCGUUUGGUGGUAACGUAGCGUCCCUACCGAAUAGUGUCCAGUUGGCAAAUGCGCUUUCAUACCUCUCGUUUAGCCAAGGCAUUGACACAUUGGUAACACCGUUUGUCGACACCAACUGGCUAGAUCCCACAAAAGGCUACAGAAUGUUUAUGGAUCAAAACACAGCCUAUAUGAGUAAGACAUACUAUCCUCCGGGCGCUUUCAAAACGAUCGAAAACAACUACAUCGACACUGCAACGUAUGUAAUUGGGAAUUUCACAAAGGAACAGGGACUCACUGUCGAUCCGAAUCUCAGGGACAAAGUAAAGGGUCUCGUAGAGUUCGAACAGAUGAUUGCAAACACUUACAGUACUGAUGACGGCAGUCGAAGACAGUAUAAACGCUCAUGGAAUCUCAUGCGAAUUACAGAUCUUCAGAGUAACUACAGUUUUAUCGAUUGGCGGACAUACAUGAAGCAGGUCCCCGCCGUGGCUCAAGAUGUGGUGCAAAAUCACAACUUUACUGUUUCAGUUAUGGAGCCUGGACAAUACGCAAAAAUGAGCAAGGACUACGCAACACUUGACGCAACAAAGCUUGGAUGCCGAUUUCAAAAUAAAACAACGAAGGGACCAACUGGAGUCUUUUGUUUGCUUCAAGGAUUGCGAGUCACAUUUCAAGGGGGAGUUUGCCACUAUCGCGAGCAAACUUUUGAGGAAUCUUUCGCUCUUGGACGACAACGACAUCGGCCCCGCAUCGCGAAAGGCGACACACUAGCAGAUACACAAACCAGUUGUGCGGAAAUGGCUAAUGCACUUAUGCAAUUUGCUAACGGAAGAGUCUUCAUUGACUACCUUUAUCCUGAUGAAAAAUCAAAGAAAAUGAUCAGAGACACUGCUGGCGGCCUAAUCAGAAACGUGAUCAACUCAUUCCAAGGGAUGGUAGAUCAGUUGGACUGGAUGAGUGUAGACACGAAAAGAAAAGCCUAUGAUAAGACCAUGGGAAUAAUUCAAAACAUUGCUUUCCCUGAUUGGAUAAUGAACAAUACACAACUAGAUGCUUAUUAUCAGGACCUUUUUGUGGAUCAUACUAAGGAUAACUACUACGAUAUGUGGACCAAACUUACUGUAUUUAACAUGAUGCUACAGUACAAACAACUUACGUUCGCUACGACUGAUCGCACCGACUUCCUUGGCCAGCCAGGAACAGUAAACGCGUGGUCAAAACGAUGUGAUGUCUGGUACAAUUGCGCAGGCGGUUGCGACCGUGUCACCGAGUCACCUCAUCCGCAGUCGCUGGCGCAAUUGGAUGAGGAUUCAUGUGCUUUUGAUCCGCCUCCAGAGCUGAACUCGAUUACGUUCCCUGCUGGUAUAUUGCAACCACCGUAUUUCCACCCACAGUGGCCAGCAUCCAUAAAUUAUGGAGGCAUGGGUGUUGUAGCAGGACACGAGUUGACACACGGGUUCGAUGACGAAGGCGUCCAGUGGGGCCCCACUGGUGCUAUCUCAUUUCCUGCUAACGACAAUUGCACUGGAUGGAUGGACGAGUUUUCAACUGCUGGUUUCAAUAAGAUGGCACAGUGUGUUAUAACAGAAUACAACCAAUUUUGUCCUCUUAACGCAAAAGAAUACACUCCAAAUUGUGUAAAUGGUGUCCAGACGCAAGGAGAAAACAUUGCUGAUAAUGGAGGCAUUCACGCUGCAUUUCGUGCCUAUCGAACUCACAUCGCUUUGGAUGGGCCGGAUCCACUGCUUCCUGAUCGUUUGUUCGGACAGUUCAACCAUGAUCAGUUGUUCUUCUUGAACUUUGCUCAGGUUUGGUGUGAAAAGCGACGUACCGAUGACAAACUAUACCAACAGUUGAUGGUUGACCCACAUUCACCGUCCAUGUACAGAGUAUUUGGAACGAUUCAGAAUUAUCCAGCGUUCAGAGUUGCCUUCAACUGUCCAGCUAAUUCCACCUACGCUCCCCCAAAACACUGCAACGUUUGGGUACCUGAAAAAGAACCAUAA